AUGCCUCCAAAAGGAGCACCCCGCGGUAGCGCGCGUGGAGGUACAGCGGCACGCGGAGCUCGCACAACCUCAACUUCUACAACUCCCGCAGGCGGGGACUCAAUGCAAGAUUCACCCGCGCCAGCCGGCGCCGCUGCCAACCGAUCUUCUGUGCAGCGACUGCAAUCUCUGAACAAACGCACACCCUCCGGUAGCAUUGCGCCGAGUAGUCGACCCCCCUCUGCUCUAGGUGGUGAGCCCGCGAAACCUGUUUUGAAAUACAAGCCCAAGGCUGUUGGGCGUCGCAGCAAACAGGAGCGAGAGGAGAUUGAGAGGCUUGAACAGGAACGAUACAAUGAGCGGCUUAAGGAGGCUGCUGCUAUUCAGCGUGGGCGUGGUGGUACGGCUCGUCGUGCUGGGUUCCGUGGUCGUGGUGGUGCGGGCAUGAGUAUGGGCGGUGGAUUUGGUGGAAGAGGUGGUAAGAGGGGUGGUGGUAGAUUUGGUGGUGGUGGAGGUGGCGGCGGCGGUGGUGUUGGCUCAGGGCGGAAUCGCUCUGGAUACACUGGUGGGGAUCGUUCGCGUGGAAAUGACUCUUCAGACGAUGAAGGUGGAAUUCGCAUGAGCAUCGAUCAGAUCAACCUCGACAGUGACGAGGAUGACUAUGAUAUGGACAAGGAUACGAAAGGGAAGAUGCCUAGUAGGUCUGUUAUCGAACGGGCUCUACGUCCUGUUCGUAUCCCGCGCCAUGAGCAUGAGGAGCGGGUUAUCAGUGUCAAUAUGGAGUCUAGCUCUAGCAGGGCUGCUGAGCUUCGUGAGAAGGCCGAGAAGGAGAAGGCCGCCAAGGAGUCCGAGAAGAGACGCACAGAUGAGCCCAGUAUCAAGCCUGAUCCCGAGGACGAGGAUACCGUUAUGGCGGGUGAUAUCCCUCACGCCGACGACGAUGGGUUCCUUCCCACACAGAGCGUUCGCGUGCGCUCAGCUUUGAGCCAGAGUCCUACCAAGCGACGUACAGCAGAACGAUCUUCGCAACCCGUACCCUCCCCCGAACCUGAGCUCCCAGACCCACGAAGCCUCCUCCACACCAAGGAGGAAAUCGAAGAAUAUGACCGUCACAUGGAAGAUCUAUCUAUGAUCAAGGAACUUCUGGUACCCCCACCCUCAACGAAGAAGGCCACACCGGAAGCACAGACAGAGGGCGCCACAGAAGCUUCGACAGCAGAUGCCAGCACCACCCCAGAGGAACAGGGUGUCGAAAAGGAAAACGAAGAGGAAGAAGAAGAGAGUUACCUAUCCGGCAAGCUGUUUCUCAUGCAAUUCCCUCCAAUGACACCAAAUCUUCGAAUUGUGGGCACGGAAAACGCCCAAGAACAACCCGAAGCCGCUCCCCAAAACCAGAACCCGAUAAAACGCGAAGGAGGCGAGGAAGUUGAAAUUGUCGAAACCACACAGCCCACGGCAGUAAAGCAAGAAAAAGACAUUAUCACCGCCAAUAAACCCUGGUCCUUACCAGCUGGCCGUGUUGGCAAAUUGAAUGUCCACAAAUCCGGACGUGUGACCCUCGACUGGGGUGGCAUCAGCAUGGAACUUGACCGCGGUGCACCUGUUCAAUUCGCACAGGAGGCCGUUAUAGUCUCACCUCCUGUAAAUCCAAACGCAGAUGCUGAGGAGGACGACCCCGAGGCAGACCAGUCCGAGAACCGGGUUUGGUCGAUGGGUGAGGUGGCUGGCAAGUUUACUGUCACGCCUAACUGGGAUGAGAUGCUUUGA